AUGCUCGAGCCAGCCUGCCAGACAACCAAUACGAACAGUGUACAUUACCUCCUUACUUUAUGGCAGCGCCUAGUGGCAGGAAUCCCAUACUAUCGACCUGAUUCGCCACAUCAGCUCGAUGUUCAUACACCAGACGUAAUCUGCGCCUUUGUGCAGACUUGUCUCGCAUCCGUCUCUUCCUAUUCCGAUCAGCCUGUGAGUGGCUCGGGUAGGAGCCGUCGCCUCGGUGGCCGGCGCCGUCGUAAUGAACGUGGUGAGCCCGGCAUAUUAGGCAAGUCUGUUCAACUUGCCCGGCAAGUUGGCAGUGGCGCUAACCCGAUACUCUCGUUUGGCAGCCCUAGAGGGCUCGAUAACUUUGAUGGCUACUCUGAUGACAAGAAUGAAAGUAGCGAUACUGAAGAGACAGAAGACUGUCCGUUGGAUGAUACCGCUACUCUUCUACAACAGAUGACUCAAGUGGGUUUGUGUAACUAUUUAUUCAGAAUUUAA